AUGCCUCAUAACCCGUUCAUCUUCUCGCCCACACAAUUCAGUCGCAUUUUCGUGAUUGUAAAUAUCAGCGCCUACAUCACCACCACGGCCUACCUAGAUUCCAGAGCAACUACCCGACGACCCCGCAUCGACGAGAACAAUAUCACGACCGACCGCCCUCCUACUGCGGGGCAAGUGGAAAUGGCACCAAAAGGAAAAGGUGAAAACACCAAGAAGGUCGCAGGAAACGCCCGCAAGGCCGAAGCCGCCGCGCAAAAGCAAGCCGCCGCUGACGCUGUCGUUGCCGCCAGGGAAGAGCAGAAAUGGCAACAAGGCGCCAAGGACACGUCUAAGAAACAAGCCGCUGCGGCAAAGGCAGCAGAACAGGCCGCGAAGAAGGCCGAGAGAGAGGCGAUGCUAGCGGAAGAAGAGAAAGGAAUGCGGGACAAGCCCAAGGGGGCGAACAAGAAGACGGCCGAAAAGAAGAGUCGAGGCACUCUGGACCUGUCCCAGCUCGACGGCGACUCGAGUGCAAAGGAGAGGGCGCUCAACGCCUCGGGCAUCGACAACGCACUCGAUGUCCUGUCUCUCACCACCGGAUCCGCCAACGACUUGAAACUGGACAGGCACCCCGAGCGUCGAUUCCCUGCCGCGUACAAGGCGUAUGAGGAGCGGAGAAUGCCGGAGAUCGACCAGGAGCGGCCGGGCCUGCGAAGAAACCAGAAGAUCGAGCUCAUCAAGAAGGAAUUCGAGAAGUCGGACGAGAAUCCCUUCAAUCAGGCAGGUAACGUGAGAUACGAUGCGAGCAAGGAUGAAAUGGCCGAGGUGAGGAAGAAAGUGAGGGAAGGGGUGGAGAAUCGGUUGAGCGAGAAGUGA